AUGGAGAAGAGUGAAACGACGUUGGAUUUAGCUGCUCGGAGAUUUGUGAGGUACUUGGAUUUCACUGCCGUUUGUGGAGGUCCGGCGUACCUGACAUUGUCGCCACCGACGCCACAGUCGCAAACUAUUCUACAGUCGCCGACGCAGUCGCGUUCUCCGGCGCAAUUGACAUUGGAUUUUCAGUCAUUAAGUCAACGGCCGUGGUUACCUUCACAGCCACGGUGGCAACAGCAGAGAACGUCACAGUCUCCGCCGGUAAUGCCACAUUUACGAUCUCCGCGGCCACAAUUAGUUUCUCCGGUCCAUCGUUUACAGCACCCCUUACAGAAGCUUCCGGUGAAGAGAAAGCACGAGUCUCCUAGAUCACAGCCUCAACAUAAUGCAGGAUUAAAGGAUAAUACUCCAAAGAAACAAAAACAGUGUAACUGCAAAAAUUCUCGAUGCCUUAAAUUGUACUGUGAGUGCUUUGCAGCUGGGAUCUAUUGUGAUGGUUGCAACUGUCUGAAUUGUCAUAAUAAUGUGGACAAUGAGGCUGCCCGUCAGGAGGCAGUUGGAAUAACUCUGGAAAGAAAUCCAAAUGCUUUCAGACCAAAAAUUGCAAGCAGUCCACAAAAACCAGAAGUUUCUAUGGAGGAAGUAUCUGAAAUUCAAGUUACAGGAAAGCACAAUAAAGGAUGUAACUGCAAGAAAUCAGGUUGCCUUAAGAAGUAUUGCGAGUGUUUCCAAGCCAAUAUCCUCUGCUCUGAAAAUUGUAAAUGCAUGGACUGCAAGAAUUUUGAAGGAAGUGACGAACGAAGAGCAGUUUUCCAAGAAGAGUGUAAACUAGUACAAAUCAGACAGACAACUAAUGCGGCCAUUAGUGGAGCAGUUGGACCCUUCAACCCUAGAACCCACAUAACACCCAAGAAGAGAAAAAUCCCAGAAAUACUUUCUGGCAAAGCAUUCAUAGAUCAAACUGUUAAAAUGACUGCUCAAUACCAACAGGAACUUGAUCCUACAGCUUCAUCUCUUUUAUCCCUGUCAGCUUCCUGUGUUUCGGACACUGCCAAUACGAUAAUUCCAGGAUCUUCAAGAUCUACAUACAGGUCUGUGUUGGCUGAUGUCCUCCAGACACAGAAUGUGAAGAAUCUUUGUUCAGUUUUAGUUGUUCUCUCUGGAGAAGCUACAAAGAAAAAUGCAGAAAUGAGAGGGAAAGAAGUUAGAAAAGUAGAGACCAGGAAAUCUGAAGCUUCUACUGCUUCAUCAGCUCAAUUGUUGCAAGACAGUCGAAAAGUUGUCAAGCCUGUUUGUGAGAAUCAUGCAAAUAAAGAUGUAACAGAUGCAGUUGAUAUUGACAUUUGUAAUAGGCCAUUGUCACCGGAAACACUUGAAUUGAUGUGUGAUGAACAAGUUGGGAUGUUUUUCGAUACUGGUUCUGCAAAUGGAGUUACGAUUGACAACACUAAACAUAACAUGAUUCAGAAGUCUUCCAAUUCUGAUGGAUGCACAGAUACUUAUGCAGAGCAGGAAAGACUUAUCUUGACCAAGUUCAGAGAUGUUCUUGGUGGACUCAUUACUCUUGGUAGCAUAAAAGGCCAGAUUACAGAAGCAGAAAGUGGGAUCUGA